AUAAAACCGCGUCCGUGCCGUUGCGGCAUAAACUGUCAGUGUAUCACGAUGUGGUGGCUGGAAGGGUUUAGGUCGGGCAUGGGCCGCCUGGAGAUCCUGUUGCUUGUUUACACCUUGCUCUGCUCUCUCGGAGAUUGCCUGUUUGUAACUGAUUAUUUCACCCGGACGCCUCGCAAGCUCAAUGCCUACCGCUCUUUUGCCAGCGUCGAGCUGUUCCACUUCAACGUGCCUGAAGACACCGUGGUGGCUGUCUGGAACCUCAUCACCUUCAAGGAGCAAGGGGGCACCUUUGGAGACAGCUGCCCAGACCGCAACGUGACAGUGUACUUUAGGUCAGGAGCUCCACCUGUGAUCAACCCUCUCCAUACUCGUUUUCCAAAGGACACUAUUGUACCAGGCUCUUUUGCUGUGACUUUGACAUGGACACUGCCCAACCGCACCACAGGGGUUUUCAAUGUCACCAGUCCCCUCCCGGGAGACUGGUUCCUAGCUGCACACUUACCAAAGGAUGAAGGGAAGAUCUCUGUCAAGGGUCUCCACGAGGAAUGCCAGUACCUCUUUCAACCUCAGCUUAUUAUUCAGAGGCUCAUUGGGAUUUCUGUGCUAUAUCCUGGAUACUUCAUUGAUCAGAUGAUUCCACUUCACAAUAGAUCUGUACUCUACAAAGUGUUCAUCCCAAACUACAUGUCUCGGGUGAAGGUACAGCUGGUGGACUGCAAUACAAAAAACAAAAGUGUGGAGAUCUGUCCAGUUCUACUGAAGAUCCGGUCAAGGGCUCCGCCAGUGCAUAACUCCAGUGCUGUGGAUUGCAGAGAGAACAUACCCUGUGAACUGGAGGUUCCACUACCAUCCUGGGAAAAGUGGUACUAUAUUUUGGUGGAGCGUUACCUCAGUAGCGCAGACGUCUACUUUCGCAUCGGCGUUCAGGUUAAAGAUUGUUCCAAGCCCACCAUCACCAAGGGUUCCUCUGCCAUGAACAUACCCCAGUCAUUUGGCACUGCUAUGGGCUUCUCUUUGCCAGAAACCCUGCCUGCUGCCAGUCUGCCUAACUUGUCCCAGAACAGUUCGAAUCUACUAUCUGCUGAGGACAGCAUCACUUACUUAGCACCCACCGCCGAUGCCAAUAAAUGCUGGCCCAUCCGACCAACACUGCGCAAUGAGCUGGAUACAUUUUCAGUUCAUUUCUACAUCUUCUUUGGGCCCAACAUCUCCAUCCCACCAGACAGGGCUGCUAUAUUUGCCAUCAACUUAAUGCCGGUGCUGGACAGUGGAGGUGUCCUCAACAUGGAGCUCAAACUCAAUGUGUCAUCCAUGAAAGGAGAGAAUAUUACUAUCUUUGGCUGCCUCAAUCAUGGAAUGCCACUGUCCCUCCACGACAACACAUCAGUCAAUUGUGAAUCUGAAUCAGUUUCAGGAUUUCAAAUAUCCAUUAACACCACCACAAAUAUCACCAAGCUAAGGAUACCAUACCCACAGACUGGCACAUGGUAUCUCAGCCUGCGUUCUCUAUGUGCCACUGAGCAUGGUUUUGAGCUGUGUAAUAAUGUAACAGCUGAGGUGUACCUUCGCUCUUACCUGACCCCUUGCAUCAAUGACUGUGGCACCUAUGGCCAGUGCAAACUCCUCCGCACCAACAACUUCCUCUAUGCUGCAUGCGAGUGUAAAGCAGGUUGGAAUGGCUGGGGUUGCACAGACAACACUGAGGCAUACUCAUACGGGUUCCAGCUGCUCUCAACUCUCCUUCUGUGUCUCAGCAACUUGAUGUUCCUCCCACCUGUGACAAUUGCCAUCCGUAGUCAUUACCUGAUAGAGGCCUCCGUCUAUAUUUUUACCAUGUUCUUUUCCACUUUUUACCAUGCCUGUGACCAGCCAGGUAUUGUGGUCUUCUGCAUCAUGGAGUAUGAUGUGCUGCAGUUCUGUGACUUCCUAGGCUCACUUAUGUCAGUAUGGGUCACUGUCAUCGCCAUGGCCAGACUCAAAUCCAUUAUCAAACAGGUGCUGUACUUGCUGGGGGCAAUGGCCCUGUCUAUGGCCUUACAGCUAGACCGUCAUGGCUUGUGGAACCUGCUAGGGCCAAGCCUUUUUGCUCUGGGCAUCAUGGCUAUCGCCUGGACUGUCCGCACUAUCCGCCGGCGCCGCUGUUACCCACCAACCUGGAAGCGCUGGGUGUUUUUUCUGUUCCCUGGCACCACAAUUGCCACAUCAGCAGUGGCCUUAUAUGCCUUUGUGGAGACGGAAGAGAACUACUUUUACAUCCAUAGUAUCUGGCACAUGCUGAUUGCCGGAAGUGUCGGCUUUCUUCUGCCGCCACGUGCUAAACCUGAUGUGAAAGUCACUCCCCUCAAACGCCGGCGAGGCUGUGGCUACCAGCUCUGUGUCAAUGAACACGAGGAGAUGGGAUUGGUGGACCCAGCUAUCAUUACAAUCAACAGCAUAUGCACCAGCUGAUGAUGUUCAACAGAGUUUAGCAACACAGACUUGUAUUUGCCUUUCCUCUCGUUCCUUUGGAAUAUAAAACACGGAAAACGAA